UUUUCUCACAUUUAUAAAGCUGCGUGAGGAACAGCAACCCUCCAGUAACUGAAAUAAAAUACAGACGGACAACUUGUCUCCUACUGGAUUAGAAGCAUUUAGAAGAGCCUAUCUUGGAAAACUCCAAACAUUUCUACUAGAACAUUCUUCAUCUUUGCAUGAGUCGUGGGACUGGGCAAUACCAUCAGUAUGCAGCCUCUCGUGGGACUCUUCUGUUUCUCAUGGCUUCUUGCGACAGGAAGCUGUCUAGAGUGUGAAAGUUGCACUGCAUUUAAUGAAGACUGUACUGGCAAAUUAGAGCUGUGCAGUGAAGACCAAGAUACCUGUGCCACCAUAGUAACUGAAACCAUAAUGGGAAAAAGGACCAGCUUUGGCAUUGUCAAGUCCUGCUAUCAGUCAUCCAAGUGUCUUGGGAGCAACACACAAUACCCUUUUUUAAAAGUCAAUGUGAACAUUGAAUGUAGUUCUUCACAAGUUGGGAAGAUGGAAAUUGAAGGAGGUGAAGCACUGGCCGAUAGGAAAAAAUCACUGUUUGAAAAGCUACUCCAAGUUAAAGACCUCAUGAACAAAGAUAGCAGUGCUAUAUCUGAAAAUCUUAGAAUUAUGGCUAGAGAGUCCAGGGCUGUGACUGGAGAGCCCAUGGUUGUGACCGGAAAGCCCCCGGUUGGGACUGGAAAGCCCCCGGUUGACUGGAAAGCCCCCGGUUACGACUGGAAAGCCCACGACUGGAAAGCCCCCGGUUACAACUACAAAACCCACAACUACCCAAUUGGUUCAAACAACUACAGGUGACAAUGCCCAGCAAACAGUUGCAUCUUUUUUCCUUGCUCUCUCUACACUUCUGUUCAUGAAAAUUGUCCUAUAAUGAAGCAAUCACUAGCACUGUCUCCGCGCUGGUGAAAACCACCUUCUCAUUUCAGCAGGCACUUCUCUAGAGAAAAUCAUUAUCCUGAAGACUUUGGUCUCCCUUGAUUUCUUGAGUUGUAACCAAUGGAAGGAAAAAAUAAUUUCUAACUUUGCAUUUUGGGGGGGGGGGAGAAACAGGGAACAAUUUCCAACAACGGGUUUCACUAGAGAUUAGAAUCAAAAUAAAAGCCAAAACUAAAUUUGGCAUCAUCUUUAUGGAAAAUUAGGAGAGAACAGGAAACAUAAGUGGCAUUUAAGGUUUAGAGGGCCUUCACACAGCUUCAUCUGGUGCAUCAGUUACAGCCCUUCUUGGAACAGAAGGCUUUGCUCACAGUCACUUAGAGUUUAGUUACCUCUCUAUUAGAUUAUCGCAAUGUAUCUUACACGGGAUUGCCCUUGAAGAGCAUUCAGAAGCUAUAGCUGGUCCAGAAUUUGAUGGCACUCCACUGAGCCUACAUAGCACUGUAGCUGCAGAAGCUCCAUUGGUUACCACUUGGCCUUUGGGUGUAAUUCAAGGUGCUAAGAUUCACAUUUAAAGGCCUCCAUGGCUGAUGACCUGAAUUCUGCAGGACCUUUUCCCAAUGAGAUCUUUAUGUCCAAUAGGAUCAAGCACAUCCCCUUGUUCCAAAAAUGCCUUGUCUAUCAUAACCCUCCCCCUGUAGAAUAGCAUUUCUCUAGACCAGGGUUUCUCAACCUUGACAACUUUAAGAUGUGUGGACUUCAACUCCCAGGAUUCCUUUUGUCAUUUAGGAAAUCAAUGAAGAUCAGACUACUUAAACAGGGCAUGUGGUCUGAAUGAUUGUGCAACUUGGGUUUCAUUCCUAGAUUUUAUAUAGGUAAUUUUACUGACUAUGCUACAUGGCUAUAUAUUGUCUUUUGCUUUUAUCAUGAUUUAUGGAGGGGAAACUGUACACUGCUCAAAGUUGGUUCUGAUGGCCUACAAACCCUGUAAACAAACAAACAAACAAACAAACAAAUGCUUACCGUUUGAUAAUAAAGUCAGCUGAAUGAGAUUAAUCUGAAGGAUGGUUCCCAGACAAGUUACAUUCUGUUUAUCUUUUAAAUAGUGCUAGUUUGGAAACCAGUUGUCUUUCCACAUCUGUAUGUCAUAGAGAAAGACAUUCCAAGCAAGUGUCUUUUCCGAUGUUGACGCUUCACAAACCAGUUCCAGGAAUAGCUAUGCUUCUAUGACACCAUCACUAGAUCUCAGAGACGUUCUAUGUUAUGAACGUGCAUGACAACUGAUCUGUCUUCUUUCAGACAUCAUGGCUGUUGAGGAAAAGCUCUCUUAGCUAUUUAUAUAGCUAAGAAAAUCACUCCGAAGCAAUUCAAGGGGUUGGUGGGACAUCUCAUCUUUACUUCUAGGAUCACACUUUUCCAAGAACACAACCUUGGGAUGUCACAACCUUGGGAUGUAGAAGCAUGCCUACAUCCUCAUGUGACUGCAAUUUUUUUCCAUGUGAUUGCAAUUUUUUUCCCCCAGCAGUGUCACGGUAACAAGAACUGGAGACAGUGAGGUUUCUCUGACUGCAGGAUGCUUACCAUCUCAAAAGCUGGAUGGCAAACAAGUCUAUGUAAUAACUAACUAAAUAAAUAAUAAAUAAAUUCCAGAAGGAAUUGGAAUUACAUGGAAUUAAAGGCUUCCUGUCCAACAGAAAUGAUCUUAGCAAUCAGUAUGGUGAAAAGAACAAGGCAUUACCAAAGAUUCAACAUUCAUCAUUUCUCCCUGUCUUGAAUGUAGUCCAUCUUUAGGGCACUGGAAUUACAUCAGUUAGCUCAUAUUUUAAGCACAGUUUAAUUCCAUCCAAUUUUAAUCUCAGUACAAAAAUGAGUAUUUAAGUCUGCAUUUAUCCCCCAAUGAUACGCAUUUUAAAAUGCAAAUUUCUCCAGUAAAAUGUUUUUAUUCUUUUACAAGCAAUAUUUCAUUAAAAAAAAGUUGUUUCUUUUGUUUUAUGCUGGUGUUCCUCUAAUGUUUCGAAAUAAAACAUGGAGAAUGUGGACAAGUGCAUAAAUGAAAAGAUAAUUGUGUUUGAAUUAACACAUUGGUUUAGGAAGAGUUAAUUAGGCCAAUUCAUAUUAAUGAAUAUACAUUAAAAGUUGAACUUGA